UCGUCGGUUAGGUGCUUUUUGGUCGCAGAGUAUCGUCAAGUUUUCGCCGGAGAAUUCAUCACGUAGUAAUCUUCAACAUCUGAAAUUCAAAAUGCCUCGAGGUAGCUCCGGAGGAAGAUCUGGUUACCGUCCUCCUCGCUCUUCUCGCCCUGCAGCUGCUCGAAGCCCACCUCCUCAAACUGUUAAUCGUGCUCCUCCUCCAGCAACAGCUCAGCCUAGUGGCGGUGGUAUCUUUAGAAAUAUUCGGUCCAUAGUUGAUGGUUUUGCUUUUGGUGCUGGAAAUACUGUUUCACACAGGGUUGUGGAUUCUGUGAUGGGUCCACGAACCUUUAAGCACGAAACCGUUGUUUCUCAGGCUGCCCCUGCUUCCCCUGUUGCAACUAGCAUGAGUGCUUGUGACAUUCACUCCAAGGCUUUCCAAGAUUGCGUCAACCAUUUUGGAAGCGACAUCAGUAAGUGCCAGUUCUACAUGGACAUGCUGAGUGAAUGCAAGAAGAAUUCUGGUUCCGUGGUGGCUGCUUAAUCAACUAGUCGAGAUGUCUAUGCUAAGAACAACUCUGGUGUCUUUAAUAAUUAGUUGUUGAAAUCUAAUGGUUUUCUUGUUGAAAGAUUUGGGAUCUUUUAUGUUAUUUUCUUUUUGUUUUAUGGGAUCUUUUAUGAUGAUGAAGCCUUUAUCAAUGGAAAGUAUAUUUUAUUGCUUAGAU